UCUCAGAACGUCCAGCCCGAAGGGGUUAAAGCAGCCUGGGUCUGCAGACACAGCCAUUAAAAGAAAAAAGCCACGUAACGCCCGUUUCUCUGAGGGGAGCUCUGUAAGGCGCCGCAGCCCUGCCCCGGCCCCUGCUGCGGCACCCCGGCGCCCUCCCGUGAGCGGUGCCCGCGGCCGCCCAGGACCGGCGGCGAGCAAAGCACAGCCUCGCCGCUACGCCGUGCCCGGGCUCGGAGGGUCGGGGCGGGGGGGGGGGGCGGGGGCAGCGCCGGGCCCAUGCCGGCCCUUACCGGGGGGCGCAGCGCCCGCCCAACCCCCCCCCCCCCCGCCGCAGGCCGGGCACGGCGGGGCCGGAGCCGCCCGCCGCCGCCUGCCCAGCGCGGCUGGUGCUCCGCAGCCCAGCGAGAGUUAACGGCGGAGCCGCCUCUCCAUUGGCGGCCGGCGGAACGGCUGCGGAGCCCGCGUUUAUAACCGGCGUGCGAGGCGCCGCAGCCCUCCGCCGGCACCGCGGCUCGGCUCCCAUGCCGCGGCGGCCGGCAUGCCCAGCCUGCUGCCGCCCUUCCUCGCCUUGCUCUGCCUCGGGGCGCCGGCGCCCGCCCUGAGGGCACCGCCCGCCUCUCCGCGGCGGGCCGGGGCGGCGGAGGCGGCGGAGGAGCAGCCGUGGUGCCCCUACAAGGUGGGGGCCGAAGGCGCGGCGGGCGGGCGGCUUUGCUUCCGCACGCCGGCCCGCGGCUUCCAGUGCGCGGCUCGGGCCUGCCGGGCCCACCGCUCGCCGGGCGGCGCGUUGGUGGCCAACGUCCUGCGCAACGGCAGCGUGCUGCUGCAGUGGGGGCCGCCGCGCCCCGCCGCCGGCCUCCGCGGCUUCGCGCUCAACUGCUCCUGGGACGGCACCUACACGCGUUUCCCCUGCGACAGCGUGGAACUGGGCGCCGCCUGUCGCGACUACCUGCUGCCCGAGGCGCACGGCAGCGUGCGCUACCGCCUCUGCCUGCAGCCGCGCUACGCCCCGCCGCGCCCCGCGCCGCCCGCCCAGUGCGUGGAGUUCCGCGUGGAGCCGGCCGCCAUGCGGGACAUCGUCGUCGCCAUGACGGCCGUGGGGGGCUCCAUCUGCGUCAUGCUCGUCUUCAUCUGCCUCCUGGUGGCUUAUAUCACCGAGAACCUCAUGAGCCCGGCUCUCGGCGGGCCCGCGGGCGCCGCCGUCCCGCACCGCGCCUAGCCGUCAGCCUGGGCCCGCGGGAGCCAGGCCGGGCCCCGGUGCCCGUAGCAGGCCGCGCUCCCGGUUCCCUUGCCCGACCGCUUCUCGCCGCCGCCUUGCUAGCUCUUUCAGGGGAGGAGGAGAGGUGUUUCCAAACUGCCCUCGCAGCGGGUUUGCCCAGGGCCUCGUUUGAAGCGUUGGGUGACACGAGUUUGCCUUUCCCAAACUUCCGGGAUUUGGGUUUUCCUCAGUAUUUGGAGCUCUUCUUCCUCCUAGGGUGGCUUCUCAGCCUGAGCCAUACCUGGUUACUGAACUCAGCGGGUCUCAGUGGAUUAAAAGUAAAUAACGGCAAAGGUCCACAAGUGCCAGAAAAAUGACAGUUUUAAAAGCAAGCGACAGAUCUUACAGAGGGCCUGUUUGAGAAGACUCUCCAGAACACGCUUACUUUAAGCCUAUGCCUAAAUCCCCUUGCUCUAGAUGUGUGCGUGAAUUUUUUCCUGAGGGGGAAUUUUCUUUCAAGCCUGGGAGAACAGACCGGUGGAACCACAAAACCCAUAGCGAAGUUUGUCUUUGAUCCAAAGCCCACCUAAAUCUCGUGACUUAAGUGGGUUUUGUAUCGUGCCUUAUGCUGGUCACCAAUUUUGGGACCUAGGCUGGCCGCUGUCCAAAACAACAGGGGGUUUCUGGUCAGCUUGAGUGACCGUCAACAUCCUACACCGACUAAUCCUGCUUUUCUCCCUUUAGAAGUGUCACAUCAGUAGCUUCCACAAAGAGCAAUGCUAAAGGGACAAAUUGAGGAUGAAAAUUCCAUUUUGUUGUGCAAGUUUGAACCUUAAGUACAGUGUAAAUGAGCACCAUCACUGCCCUCUGAAACCCCAUCGUUAAGGAAUGCUGUGUGCAGCUACACCAAGGUAAAAGCGUCUUAAACACAGAGCUCACUAGUGUUGUAGCCAGGUGUUUUGAGCAUAGGAACACUCCUUGUUAGCUGCUCACUCACUGCUGUAGUAAGUAAGGUUUUAGCCAUAUUCUAGUAUUAAUUCUAUUGUGCCUUAGUGCUGAGAAUUGGUCCCAUUUAUAUUGGUAUAUCUGUUCUUGUAGUCUUCAUAGACAACUGUAUCUCCCCUAGUGUUUUUGUCUCUGAAACUGGUGGUUGUUGGUUUGUUUGUUUGGUUGUUUGUUUCUUCUUUUUAAAAAAAUACACCAAACUUAGGCUGAUCAUUACUUGAGCUUUAACAGAUGCACAAAACAGUGAGUUACCAUCUGGGAGGUGUUUAUUUAGUGAGAUAGUUUUUAUUCAGUGUUGUUUGUAUGUAGUUGACUGCUGUAACAGAAAAUGACUUGGUAUCACUUAAACUGAGCACCUAAAGCAAACGUAGGGGAACAGCUCUUCUGUAAAGGGAUAUUGCUAUUAAAAUACUUCAGUUUCAUGUGUGAUCUGUUUGUGUAAAUGUUUAUCACUGGUGAAAUGGCCCCUAUGCUUUUCUUUGUGAAAGUAGUUUGUGAAGUAUAAACUUGCUAGUAGAGGGUAAAUAUAGAAAGUGUAUGAAAUCCCUAACAAAAUGCAGUAUUUGUACUAAUCAUAAGCCCUUUGAUAAUUGGAGGGUGGCUGAGAAACUGAAGGUCUGUAUUUCAUCAGGCAGAAAAACCUUUGAUGUGUUUGUUAUUCUUGCUUUGUUUUCUUUCUCACAUGCGGCGGACUCUAAAUUUAUCAGUGUUCUCUUUUUAUUAACUUGCCUGCAUACUUGAUUUAAGCAGCCUGACAAUAUCCAGCAUCACAGUAACAGAAAGAUGGUGGUUUUCAUUGAUAUCGAAGGACUAUGUAAUAUUUUUUUCUUUCUUUCUUUAUCCCGAAGGAGGUUGACUGCUCAAAGAAAAGGCAGUUUUUAAGAACAUUAAGACAAAUUGCAUCUAGUGGUUCAGUUCAGUGAAUUGAAACACACGGUAAAUUUGGGUCACAGGUCUUUUGAAGGUUUAAAGUCAGUCUUUCCUGUAGCCAGUUCAGCACUGGACUGUUAGAGAGGCACGGAUUUUGUAUAUCUCUGUCAGCUCCUGUCAACCAGUGUUACUGUUCUGUUCUUCAUCUUGUCAUGAAUUGCCAGAUGUGAAAAUUAAAUGUAUAAAUAAUGAGCCUUGUACCAUCUUGGUGUUGACCUUAAUAAAUUAAGAGAAUAAUGAAAUUAAAA